AUGGUUACUCAAUUUCCUUUAGACUACAUGCAUCUCGUACUAUUAGGAGUAAUGAAAAAAUUGUUACAGUUUUGGAUUAAUGGUAAACGUAAUGUACGUAUGGUUGCAACUCAGAUAACUCUUGCUUCAACUUCUUUAUUAUCUAUGUCAUUAUUCCUACCUAAGGAAUUUGCUAGAAAGCCAAGGAAAUUAGAUGAAGUUGAUCGCUUUAAAGCCACCGAAUUAAGACAAUUAUUAUUAUAUACUGGGCCAAUAAUAGUCUUAAAAAAAUUAUCACGUGAUAAAUAUGUUCAUUUUUUGAGUUUGAGCAUAGCAAUUCGAAUUUUAUGUAACAAAGAAUAUUGCGUACAACUGCUUGAUUAUGCACACAGUUUAUUAUUGUAUUUUACAGGUAGGGCCCACUGGCUGGGUUUCCCUUUGUGGCAAAUUGUGCGACCGAGCGUGUCGAUUAGCGGCUUUCCCGGCCGCCCACGCGAGGUACGUCACAAUGGUCGUCAAUAUAUAUCAUAUAACGUUCAUAAUUUAAUUCAUUUGUGUUCUUAUGUAAAAUUAUGGGGAGAGUUAGAUAAAUUUAGCGCGUUUAAGUUCGAAAAUUACAUGCAAAAAAUUAAAUCGAGCAUAAUCGAGCCGAUCUUUGAGUCGGCCAUUAGAACAAUUAGUCAAUCGUUGUAA